AAGAGCUCCUAUCAUCUAACUGUCUUUUAAUUUGCUUUACUGUCCUGGCACAAAUAAAAUCACUACUACAGCACAGGUUCAUUUGGAUCAUUUGAACUUGACAUGCAUUAUGGAUUACCAGCUAUUAUAUCUCUAAAUUGCAAAUGUCUGGACGGGAUGAGUGACAUGUUUCAUUUUGAGUCAGGGCAUAUUGCUGACAAAAGCAUUACAUACCUCAGUUCAUUUUCAAUGUGGAAAUCUCUCCUCCAGAAAUGGAUUCCAUUCAGUAUGAUCAAUUUGGUAUGCAGGGCAGGGUGGUUUAACUCCUGUAUGGUGUCUUGGUGCUUCUCCUGUUGAUACUACUGCUGAUAACUGGACUUAAAUUCUCUCUGUUAAACCAGGCGAUAGUUGAUGUCCAUCUUUACCUUGAGUCCCUGAACAAGACUGUGAUGAGUGCUUGUGCCACAUCUUCCUCUUCCAGUUCAGACCCAGCUACUAUCAACCAUGUCUAUUAUUAUGAAUUUCAAAUUCCAGUGAGAGGUAAGUGACUUAUUGGUAGAUAAAGACCAUCCCUAUCCAUUGUGCAAAACAUUGUGUCCUCCUCAGGAACUUGUAGUGAAGACUGGUGGUCGUUCCAGGAUAGCUGCUGCCUGGCAUUAAAAAAAGGAAGCUCAGCUGGAACAGCUCAGAGGAAAAAUGUAUCAAGCUGGGAGCACAGCUGCUUGUUCUUAACAGUGAGGAUGAGCUGGACUACAUCUACCAAGUGAUUGAUGCAGGAGAGAGCUACUGGAUUGGGCUUGUGGAGAGAACACAAGAGGGCCACUGGACCUGAGUGGCUUGAACUGACUACAAAUCAACUCCAAACCUCCCUUCAUCUUAUUUAAGAGGAGGUAACGUUGGUGUAUCCCCUCAAUGUUUCUUCUGUCAUGCAUCCCAAAGCAUUCCUGUUGCUGCUGACUGCAUACGCAGCCCAUGGUUCACUGCAGCCCCAGGCUCUGUGGCAAUUUGGCAGAAUGAUCACGUGCACCCAGCCUGAUGUCAACCCAUUAAUGUACAAUAACUAUGGCUGUUGGUGUGGCUUGGGGGGGACUGGGACUCCCAGGGAUGACACUGAUAGGUGUUGUGAGGUCCACGACCUCUGCUAUCAAGCGAGCAGGCAUCUUCCAGAGUGCCGUCCCGUCAUUGACGUCCCUUACAUCAAGGUGUACAUAUUCUCUUGCACAAAUGGGGAGGUCUCCUGUUCAGCUUCCAACGAUGUGUGCCAGGCCUCAGUGUGCGAGUGUGACCGAGUCGCCGCCAACUGCUUCGCCCAGUCCACCUACAACCCUGAGAACAAGAACCUGGACCCCAAAACCCACUGUGUCACCUGAGCCAAGACAAAUCCUCUGGAAGCAACACAAACAUCUGAAACUACAGAGCUAUUCACAACUGUAGAUUCACAGAAUGUUUGUGAAUCCUGUUUCAUGGAUGUGUGUCAUGUUUGCUGGAAUGGAAUUUAUUGUGCCAACAAAAUUGUUGACCUGAUUAAAUGUUUGAAUGGCA